UAAACACCACAAGCAUGCAUGCACGAUACCAUCCUCUGCAAAGCGCAUAACUGAAAGGAUCGCCAAGUUGGUGUCUUCGGGAGAAAUUUUAUCACUCGACAGCUACACUUGAGCGCUAGGCACACCUUGGUCAUAAACACCCUGACCAAAAUAGUAAAAAUAAAGCCUGCCUGCACUCUAUCCUGGCAAAAUGAGGAAAAGGACGAUGGCCCUGUUCGGGGGCUUUUUUGUCACUCUCGUCGUGCUGAUAGGCUACUUCCAAUACCACCAACAUCAACUGCUUAGCGUGGCGGGAGGGAGCAUGAGCAUGGAGACUAAAAAACACUUCUGGUCUCUUGGCAUCGAUUGUCAGGAGGUAUACGAGGUGCAAGGCUACGAGUCUCCAGAGUCGCUGUACAAGAUGUUCUCGCUCACACAGCACCAGUUUUAUCAGCUCAACCCAGGGAUUGGCAUGGCUGUCAAGCAGGGCGACAAUAUCUGUGUCAAGGGGCUCGUGGACGUGAGCGCGCGCGCCUACACCAUGUCCUCCUUUUGGCCGCUGGCCAUAGGCGGCAUCCUAUCAGUCACGGGCAUCGGUGCAGCGGUGUACGCAAAGCACACGGCGUCCGCGGGUGGCCUUCCAAAAUGAGGCUGCGGGAUACUUGUGGCAGUGCCGUACGCUUGCGCUAAUGGGGGGUGGGCGAAGAUUACGCAACGGGGAAUCCGAAGGGCUUGGAACGCACGCUUGUGUGCGGUUCAUGGGGGCGUUCAGUGCGUAAGGCGAGGUCGUCCUGGUAGUCCUGGUGAUGCUAUAACCGAGAGGGUCACCCUGCGGGCAAGGGCAAGCCAAUACACGACCGGUAGUAGCCUUCGGGGGCCACAACGGUAUCCUGGACUAUGGUUCUAGGUUCUUAUGCAAGUAGGUGCAAAUGGUCAAGCGAGUGGUACGAGCUGGCUGUUUGAUGCGGGGCGCACUGAAUAUGGUACCCAUCGUGAGGUGCGCCCUUUUGUAUGAAAAUGAGGACUUGCACUGAAGAAUACAAAAGCUCUGUAAGCCAGGGUGCCGGCGCAA